AGGAUGGGUUUUCACAUUUUUCUUAUACUAUGACAGAGACGACCUUAUUAAUAACAUGGUAUUAAUAAUAUACCAAUUAUUAAAUUUAUUUAUUUACGUUAAACAUAGAACAUAGAUAUAAAGGUAUUAAUUCAGGGAAGUGUUUGUGAAAUUGCUGAUAAUUAUCGUUAUGAUGUUAUAAGCUAAAUAAUAAAACAUAAAGAUUUCAAGAAAUGGUUGACUUUAUGAAGAGAGCUCUUGAAUUAGCAGCAGAAGCUUUGAAUGCUCAAGAAGUGCCAGUUGGUUGUGUUUUCACUGUGAAUGGCAAUAUUGUCGCAGAGUCAAGGAACAGUGUUAAUGUCACUCGCAACCCUACACGACAUGCCGAAAUUAAUUGCAUUGACUAUGUUAUGGAACAUUGUAAAGCUAACAACAUUAACUAUCAAAAUUAUUUCAAACACAUCAGUGUCUAUGUAACUGUUGAGCCUUGUAUAAUGUGUGCUGCAGCACUAUAUAAUUUAAAUGUACGAGAAGUUGUAUAUGGGUGCCCUAAUGAUAGAUUUGGUGGCAAAACUGUUCUGGAUGUUGGUGUUUUCUAUGAAAAUGGAUAUAUGCUAACAGGAAAUUUACUAGCAACUGAUGCAAUGGAUUUACUGAAACAAUUUUAUAAAGGAACAAAUCCAAAUGCUCCAGAAACAAAAGUAAAAAAGAAAAAGGACUGAAUAAUACACAUAAAAGUUACACAAUACAUUGCAUGUAAUCUAUUAAUUUACAAUAUAAGUAUGCUAAAAUGUAAGUAUGCUCUGUAACUAGACCACAACACAUGUGGCCUUGAAAAUUAGCCUCUGGGAGGCAUAAUAAAAGAUUAUAUUUUAUAUUGUAAGGUUGUCAUACACAUUUGCUUUUUAGCUUAUCAGUACUAGCUUAUCCUGAGUAAUAUUCUUAGUGCAUUGUAAUGUGGAAUUCCAUACAAACAAUCCUCAAUCUUGUGUUAAGGCUUAAGGUGGUCUUAUACUGACUUGAUAUGUGUGUGACAACCUGUAAUGUUAAUACAUACAUACUUAUACAUAUAUAAGAAAAAAUAUCCCUGUUAUUAUUAUUAUUAUGUAUGUGUAUUUUGAUAGUUUCUUAAAUAUACCACUCAGAUGUGACCGAUUUGACUGCAAUUUUCAGUAAAUACAAUUGUAUUUUCUUAUUGACUGCUCAAAAACAGAGCCACUAGCAAAACAUUAUAUCAAAUAGGCCACCUCUUACUUGGCACUAGUAAACUUAUUAUAAGCCUAAGAGACAGGAAGCUGUUUUUGUGUAAAUUAUUAUUGUAUUGUAUUCCUACAUUAAUGAAGAAAAAGGUUCAAUACUGUGAUCCUCUUUUAACUGGAAUGUAUACAUGUAGUCUUCAGAUGACCCCAUUCAUACAACUUCCUAUUUCUUAAAACUUAACCAUCCCUAUGUAAGCAGAUUUAAAAUUCCCUGUCAAAACAUCUAAUGUAUGUAAACUACUACUACUACUUGACACAUUAAAUUUGGUUUAAUUCAAACUUUAAAAAAAUCUUUUACUCAUACUUAACAAGCAACAAUAA